AUGCCAGCAGCUACAGCAGCAAAAAUACCGAUCCCCAUAUUCUCGAGCAGCAUCCAGGGCUUCGAUCCAUGUACGGCGUGGUGUCCAACGCUCCAUUUAACGACGCACUCUUCUAUAACGAGCAGCGGUGAGCUACUCGUGGAUGUGCUGCAGUUCAACGAGACUAUUGCAACGAUAUCGCUCAAACCUAAUGGCAGGGGAGGACUCGGUAGAUUUGGAUAUCUCGAAAUGCAAUUCGAUAAAGAGAUACAUAUGAUGCCUGAUACCGGAUACAGCGCUCUUAGUGCGAGUCCACCGCGCAUCUCAACGCCCUACCUCUCCACAGCGAAAUGUGUUGGAAACGUAAUACGCACCCAGAAAGAAGUCCUGGCGGAUUUUGUGGAGAACAAGGAGAAGACACACCCGCUAUUCAGAAGCAUGAGGUCGAAGGCACACCAAAAUCGAUCAUUCAUCAACAUCUACAAGGAUGAAGCGGUGAAUGGAGUUGAGUGUUUUAUUCUGAUAGUGUGUCGCAAGCUUUUCGCGGGUAUAGGGUUGAAUGAGAAAGCGCACCCACCGCACAAGACAAGCCAUCACAAAAGCGUCAAGGUGUGA